AUGAGACUCGAACCCCUUUCUAGUUCAGGCUCUGCCGAGGCUAAAGAUAUCUAUACUGACAAACAAGAGCAACCCGAUUUUGAGAAUCACAAGGUCUUCCGGAGAAAUCGCCUUGCAGCAAGAUCUUACUUUAUUCCUAAAGCAUCGGUGCUGCUCAAUGGUCAAUGGGAUUUCCAUUAUGCGAAGACACCUGCCCAAGCCCCGAUCUGGGACGAAAUCAAUGUAGACUCGGAGUUCCAGUGGCAGAAAAUCACCGUGCCUGGUCACUGGCAGUUGCAGGGACACGGGAGACCUCAGUACACGAAUGUCAUAUAUCCCUUUCCCGUUGACCCUCCUCACGUCCCUACGGAAAAUCCCACAGGAACCUAUCGGAAAAGAUUUAGGAUUCCGCUCGAUUGGAGACCUGAUACCCAAGUACGGUUGAGGUUUGAUGGGGUUGAUAGCGCCUUUCAUCUCUUCGUCAACGGCGAUGAAGUCGGUUAUUCUCAAGGCAGUAGGAAUCCUGCCGAGUUCGACAUCACUUCCUCGGUGAAACGAGAUGUGAUGAAUGAAGUCUUGGUUCGCGUGUAUCAAUGGUCUGACGGGUCCUAUAUCGAGGACCAAGAUCAAUGGUGGUUGUCCGGAAUUUUCAGAGAUGUGCACCUAAUCCCCUUCCCGUCGAAAACCCGCAUUGAGGACUUUUUUAUUCAAACAGACCUUGACAGCGCAUACGUGGACGGUUUCUUGAGCAUCCAAUUAGAUCUAACGUCUCAAGAAGACUCAACAGUCGAGAUUGAAGUCCGCUCGCCAGGCGGAAAUGAUGUCUUGAUCUACGACCGGCUUACCGUUUCUAGCAGGGAAGCAACCACUAAAAAGAGUUUUACAGUGAAGAAACCCGCAAAAUGGACAGCAGAAACACCAGUCUUAUACCCCGUACAGAUUACGCUACUGGAUUCAAAUGGGAGAAGCGUUCAGACCAUCACACACCGAAUUGGGUUUCGCAAGGUUGAGAUCAAGAACGGGCUCCUCACGGUGAAUGGGUCUCGUCUGCUAUUCAGAGGUGUAAAUCGGCACGAGCACCACCCACAGUUUGGCCGUGCCGUUCCUGUCGAUUACAUGAAGCGAGACCUCUUACUGAUGAAGCGACAUAACAUCAAUGCUGUUCGGUGCUCACACUAUCCUUCUCAACCGGCUCUUUACAACAUCUGCGACGAGAUCGGGUUGUGGGUACUUGAUGAAGCGGACCUGGAAUGUCAUGGCUUUUAUGAUGCCGUUGCGAGGCCAUUGAGCAUUCCAGAGGACAUGGACUAUGACCAACGCAAGAGGUUGACCUUCAGCAAGGCUGCCGAGUUUACAUCAGAUAAUCCAGAAUGGGAAGCAGCCUACGUCGACCGCAUGACUCAGUUGAUACAACGAGACAAGAACUUUACUUCGGUCAUUAUCUGGUCACUUGGGAAUGAGGCGUUCUACGGGCGCAACCAUAAGGCGAUGUACGAGUAUUCUAAACGCGUUGACCCUUCCAGACCAGUCCACUAUGAGGGUGAUGCCGAAGCAUUAUCUGCCGACAUGUACUCAUACAUGUAUCCCUCUGUAAAACGACUUAUCUCACACGCGAAAGAAACUGGAACUACAGCGGACGGUUCCUUCAAGAAACCUAUCAUUCUUUGUGAGUAUGCUCAUGCCAUGGGAAAUGGACCAGGCCUCCUAGAGGACUAUCAAGCGGUAUUCCGGGAUUAUCCCAGGCUGCAAGGAGGCUUCAUCUGGGAAUGGGCGAAUCAUGGCUUGCUGAAGUCUUCAGAUCAAGACCCUAGGAAGAACAUUUAUGGAUAUGGUGGUGAUUUCAAUGACUUCCCGAAUGAUGGGGCCUUCGUGAUGGAUGGUUUACUCUACAGUAACCAUACGCCAACGCCUGGGUUGAUCGAACUUGAAAAAGUCUUCUCUCCGAUCAGGAUAUGGGCAGAUGCUCAAGAUCAAUCACUUGUCAUCGAGAAUGGUUUCAACUUCACUGACCUGAGGGAUUAUUCAGCUCACUACAAGUUAGAAACACUUGAUGAUCGAGCCACCUUGGUUCUAUCGGGGGAGCUCAAUCUGCCUGCUGUCGAGCCUGGCGCCACCGGAAGAGUCAGUAUCCCUUCAGACGCUGUUGAGUAUAAUGCACCAGAUUCAGCCGAAUCUUGGCUCACCAUUGUCAUCAAAAUGAGGAAGGCUUCAAGCUGGGCCGAAGCUGGCCAUGAGGUUGCUUGGUUCCAACACCGCAUGUCCGCGAAGCCCAGGGAACCCGAUUUGGACCUAGGUGCAGUGGUUGUUCCCAAACUGAAGGUCGCCACAUUGCCCCGAACCUUCAUCAUUGGGGCAGAUGCUUUUAGUCUGGAGUUUGAUCGCAGCUUCGGUCAUAUCAAAUCCUGGAUAUAUGGCGGUCACGAACUGCUGCAUCAUGAUGGAGGAUCUCGUUCUCCGUUUCAGCUUGGAUUCUGGCGUCCUCCAACAGACAAUGACACCGCAUGGCAAACGGGCGCUUGGAAACACUGGGGUCUGGAUUCCCUUACGGUACAAAAUCGCACUUUCGAGAUCCAUCGGAUUAGUGAGGGGGAGGUCCGGUUGACCUCAACUGCGUACAUCGGCCCUCCUAUUCUGGCGUGGGGCUUCCUGGUUGAAACAACGUACCAAAUCCUGGGGAACGGUCAUGUCACAGUCAAAGCUCACAUCAAUCCCAAAGGUGCAUUCCCAGCAAAUUUACCGCGUGUCGGCUGGGACCUAAAAUUGUCCAAGUCCUUGGAUCGAGCAGAAUGGUUUGGCCUCGGACCAGGGGAGGCCUACAACGACAAGAAAUCCUCACAAAAGGUCGGCAUAUACCGAGCAUCGAUUGAGGACUUGCAUACUCCAUACGAUAUCCCCCAGGAGAAUGGUAAUCGGGUUGAUACACGAUGGGUCAAGAUGCUCAACGCGAGAGGUGUUGGCUUUAAGGCUUCCUUGUCGGGCUCGAAGAGGUCACCCGGUUUGUUUCAGUGGGCCGCCUCGAGAUAUUCAGCCCUGGGGUUAGAGCGCACCAGACACGAGCCGGAGCUGAAGAAGGAUGAUCUGGUGCAUUUCAGACUGGAUGCAGAUGUCGCUGGCGUCGGUACCGGUGCUUGCGGACCAGGAACAAAUGAAGUGGAUCAGGUCAAAUGUGAAGAGAUGGAAUUCGAGAUUGUUGUGCAGCCGUUGCUUGCUUGA